AUGGAUACCGAAAGAUUAGAACUAGCGGAACACAUCACAGAGACUGGACACGAGAUCAAUUGGAAGGCAACAGAAAGAAGGGCCUCAUACGGUGAUAACACAAGGAAGCGGAAGAUAAGGGAGGCCAUUGACAUCUUUGGGGAGAAAAAUCGAAUAAACAUGAGAUUGGAGGAAGGUAGAGUUAGCGAUAACUUUGCCUACUGCAUAAGCAAAAUUGGGGAAAACAAUAGAUCAAGACCAACAAAAAGGAGACGCCUGGAUCAAGGAUCUAUCGCUAACCGGAGGAAAAGGGAUCGCGAUGAGAAAAGGGGGGAGGAGAAGAGAUCCGUGAGUGAUGUCUGUUCGAAGAAACCCUUGCAACUUUGA